AUGGCGGCCCUUCUGCGAUUCGGUGCUGCACGAGCUUGUAGAAUUUUAUCAGCAUAUGGUGUACGAAACACAGCGAUUUACCAACGAAUCUCACCAUCUUUUUACAAGGAAAAUAUUCUAAAGGCAUGCCAUCCGUCUGUCUCUGGGUGUAGAUAUUUGUCGAACGACAUUUCAGCAAGCGCGGACCCCGGUGAAACUUUCGAAAAUUCGACAGAGGGUGAGAGUGCUGCCGAAGAUAGGAACAGAAGCCUUGGGUGGAAAGACAGACCUAGCUUAAAAAGAGGCGGGGAUUUUCAGUAUGAGAGGCAAGUCAGGCAGCUUGGAACACUUGUGAUGAAGCCGGUUUUGUUAAGGGUUUUCAAAGAGAUUCUUCACAGAGGUAGGCAGGCUAAUAUACACUGUAAGCUAAAGUGAGCUUACUGUUAUGUCAGUUGUAUGGAUACAGGUGUUUGUGGAUAAUCAUGUGAACCCAGCUUUUUUAUUGCAGUAAUUUCACUUGUUUUAAUAAUAAUGUUAGAUUUAGCUUGGUAACCAUUCUGGAUACAACUGACAUAGUUUUACUAUUAUACAGUACAACUGUAAGUACUGUAUGUGUAAGCUUACAUAACACCAAUUACAACAAAAUGUCAUUAUUGUUCAAAUAUUUUAUGUACAGUACAUUAUAAGUCCUAAUUACUACUGUAAAGAUGAAAAGAGCUAAGAUGAGCUUUUUUGAAUUGGAAUCAUAGACUUGUAGAGAAUGACAUUUAUAAUUUGUGUAACUUGUAACUCUCUGUAUAGCGAUAAUGGUUCAGUUUAUGUACCUAAAUGAAAAAGAUUUGUCUGUCAGAAAUAGCUGCACUGAUUUUUGUCAGAUAUCCCAAAGUUGGACCUAAGAUGGAUGCAAGAAAAAAUAAUAUCUUGAAAUAAAACUGUGUGAUCUUUACCAAUAUUUCUCAUCAUUACAAAUGUAUUAUUUUGUUAGAGUUUUAUGUUUAAAUGGUAAAUUCUUCUAGCUAUCCAAAUUUUGAUAGUUUUAUGCUCUGGAAUCUAUGAAGAAAUCAUCAUAAAGUUAUUACAGUGCCUGACAUGUGCAUUGUUUGUUUGGAAGCCACCAUGCUGGGCUGUUCCUGCUUUUGUUGUUACUAUAUUAAAAUAAAUGGCAAAAUCAGCCACCUAUUUAUCAAUCAAGCUGCCCUCUUUGAAACUUACUGACAGCCCAAUGUUGGCAUCCUUCUUGUUUAUACUGACCAAGCUGUUGAAGCUUUCAUGUAUAUGCUUCAUGGAGAGUAUGUUGUCUUAUUAGCUGACCAGUCUCCAGGGAAGAUUGUAGUGUAAUUGUUGGUUAUGACCUGCCUGCAUUUUGUUAACUGUAUUCUAAAUUUUGAGUUCAUGUAAACAUGCACAGGACAAAACUGAUUUGAUUCUAAAUCAUUUAUAUUUAUUUUAAAUAUUCAUCUGUGUGCCAUCUUAGCCCUUGUGAUAAUUAUCAUUACCUUUUAGAGGGUGGAAUAUCAUCCUUACAAGCCUAUCAAGUUCUACGUAACUGUGGUUCAGAGUUGUUGUAUGAAAAACCAGAGUCAAGAGUGGAGCUAGCACAUCAUUUUUGGGAUCAGUUUAUGGAAAUAGGUGAGUACUCCAUCUUAAAAUGCACAUUGUUUAUACAUGAAAAAGUCAUUUAUAUUUACCUGUUAUGUGGAAGAAAAUAAUUUUUCUUACGCACAAUUACCAGUUUAAAGCUGAUGGGAUAAAGCAAUAGUCCUUGUAUCUCUGACUUUGAGCAUAAACAAGUUCAUUAUUUUAAUUUCAUUGUAACACCAUACCUUGCAAUGCUUGUCUUCAAGAAAACCAAAUCGCUCUCCAAGGCCCUUACUUCAAAGGGUGGGAGCUUAAAUCUAAGAGCUGGCUUUUUAAUAAUGCUUACAUGUACAUUCAGGUUUUCCUAGACUCUUUUUUGUGAAAAUUGUUUCUAAGAAUUUAGCUAUUCGUAUCUAGUUUUGCUCAUAAAAAUGAAAAUGACAAAUCUAUAAAUUGUCUAUGUUAUUCAUUAUAUACAAUGUACAAGGGUACCAGACUCUUAUUACGUGGCUCUGGGACUCAUAGUUGUGGGCCUGGGACUCAUAGUUUUAUAGUUGUGUGAGUUCCAGGACUCACUAUAUAGCUGUUUUCUUGAUGGAUCACUGUACAGCUGUACAUGUACAAUGAUACACCGGCAUACAAUUUUGUUACAUAGCUUUACAUUUUGUUACCUCUACUUUUAGGUGUCAAACCAGAUGUCAUGCUCUACAACGCUCUCUUAUCUGUGUACAUUCAAAACAACCAUAACUUCAAUCCACUGGAAGUUUUGGAAAAAAUGGAGAAAAACACCAUCGAACCUAACAGGGUAUGGCGUGAACAAUAAAUCUGUACAAAAAUUCUUGUUGAUGGUUAACUAUCAGUUCUUUUAAAUACAUGUAAGCUUAGUACAGACCAACCUGUAUAUGUAUUGCUAAUUGACUACAUACCUAAUGCAGCUGUUUGAAUGUUCAAUAAGGCUUAUUUUUAACAAUCUUAAGAGUUAAUCAAGAAAAUAAAGAUGGUGACAAAGUAAAAUAUCCAUCACAAAACAAAUUGACCUCAAAGUGUUUCUACUUCUUUUGUGUCAAAAGUAAGGAAUUAGUACAGUUAAAGACCACUCAAUGUCAUGAACAGUGUACACUGUACCUGAACAUUUUUCUACAGCUGUACAUUAUUCAAUGUAUGGUACAUUUUUAUUACAUCUUGACAAAGUCACUGUAAAAGAGAGGCCAAGACAAUAGUAUAUGAUUUGUUGAGACCUCUGAAAGGGUGACUGCAACUGCUUAAUAGAAGUGACUGCUCAAUACAGACAAGUUUUACUGGUAAGGGAAAUGAUUCUGGCACUGCACUCUGAUACUGUAAGUAACGCUUAACAACUGUAGAGGGUCACACCACUAUACUAUACAUGACUGUAGGUUCACUUAAUAUAGGCUUGAUGGCACAUUGUAGCUGGGUCAUUGUGAGAGUCACUUUUCUAAUUUUUUUACACAGACUACCUUACUGCUGCUUAUGCAAGGUUAUGCACAGAAAGGGGACAUUGCUGGAGCUUUGUAAGUGUUGCAGUCCACAUUCUGCUCUGUACCAAAAAGUAAUCAUAAAGAUCCUUAGACUUCUAGGGUUGCAUAUAGCAAAGCUUUUAAAAUAAAAAUUAAUGUGGAUAGCUGGAUUUUUCGCCAAACAUUUAAUUACUCUAAGAUCAUAUAAAAACAUUCUUUGUCAUGUUUUUAGGUUGCUUAUACACAUGCUGUGUGUUGGGCACUUUCAAUUUAUUUUCAUGUAUUUCCUUGCCUGGGAGGUGGUGCUUUCCAUGAACCAUAACUGUCAAGACAGACCAGUCAUUUUGAAAAUGAAGUUUUAGUGUAUUAAACUAAAACCCAUCAGUGCACCUACAUGUAUUGUUGUAGAAGUUAAUUUUCAGUUUUGUUUGUUUUGCUCAUUUUGUUUUGUACAUUGAGUCUCAAAAUUAUAAUAUGAAAUUUACCGGAUGGUAAAAGCAGUUAAUGGAACAUGAUGUCCCAGGGGUGUAGGCUGAGUUAGCUUGCCCGAUGUAUGCACGGUUGUAUCCUUAGAGCCUUAUUCAAAACUGAAAACAUGUUACUCUUUAAGCUGCAAACAAAAAAUGUUUGUGGCUGUAACCUUACUAAUUUGUGGAAUGUUUUUCAUCGUACACAUGUACAUGGUUUUUUUUUUCAUCGCAUAGAUUGGUCGCUGUUUUCAAGGCCCUAUUCGUGACUAGACUGUUAUCAUGAUAAGACUAGGUAGCUUAUGGUACAACUGUACCUAUUAAUCAAAAUUUUAGACACUGUCUCGCUAUAAACGUUCUGCUAUGCCACACCCGGUCAUUUUUCAGGUAGCUCCCACGAAAGCAGACAGUUACACUAAUUUUGUUACCCACCCUCCCUCCCUUUGGAGGACUUGUGUUGUGCUACACAUGUACAUGUAUGUAUGUCAAUAAAAGUUUGGCGGGUCACUCCUUGUGGUGCAGUUAAGUCUGCGUUGUGACUUUCCCCAAGCUUUUGCUGGCAUUCCUUGUGUCUUUCCAUCUUAAUUAUUUCUUUGCCUUAAUCUUGUCCGAUCCAGCCCAUGCAGAACUGGCAAAUACUCUUGCCUGUCCUACCCCGUAGUAGUGGGGUGAUAAGUGAGGCUUGUGUAUUGUUGUGUGCAUAACCUGAAAUUGCUAUAACCUGCCACAGGACUCUGCCCCUCGCCCCCCCUCCCCCCUCCUCCCCCUUAUAACACCAUCUUGUAAUUUAUUUAUCAUUUUCUUAUUUAUCCUGUGGGCAUUAUUUAGUUGUGUGACUUUUUCAUGCGUAUUUUAAGACCACAGGACUCUGCCCCUCGCCCCCCCUCCCCCCUCCUCCCCCUUAUAACUCCAUCUUGUAAUUUAUUUAUCAUUUUCUUAUUUAUCCUGUGGGCAUUAUUUAGUUGUGUGACUUUUUCAUGCGUAUUUUAAGAGGAAUAUUGACAUUAAGCACCACAAAAUUGAAAAUAUUAUUCUGCUGACUCUUAACAAGCUUUCAGGAAAUCUGCAAAAAAAAAAUAAAAAUAAAAACAAAAACUUAGUUGUGAUAAUUUUUAUGUCUACCACUUAGUACUCAUAUGUAGUAGCUAAACAAGACUGUGUUCAUAUUAAUUUCUGGUUAUUUUUUUAUAGUAAAGUGCUGGAGUUUAUUAAAGCUGCUCAAAUGCCUCUCACUGAGCAGGUGUUUGCAGCACUCAUCACAGCUUAUGGAUUUAAUGGGUAAGUAUAUAAAAUAACCCACACAUGCGUCAAAGGCCCAAACAGCAGGAGCUUAUAAUUCUGGUUUCCUUCGUACGAAGCAUGUCUAGGAGUAUUGCUACUCCCCCCUGGAUGGGAUGCUAGCUGGUCCAUUGCUGGGUUACACUCCAGCAGUAUGUCACCAGUAUGCAUCUAAUACACCUGAGUGAAAAGAGACAAAGUAGAUUAAAGUUCCUUGUCUAAGGAAACAAUGCGACGGACGAGGCUUGAAUCUUCGACCUUCAGAUUCAGAGUUCAAGGUGUUAACUGUUGGGCCACACACACCUCCAAUAAAUUAAUGAUAUUAAUAAGGAAAAUAAUACAUAAAUUAUAGAAUUGAUGAUCCAUCAUCUUAGUUUACUUGUACUUUUUGCACAGUAAAAAUGGUCUAUAAUCCGAUGUUCUCAGGUUUUUUUGGUUUCUACAUGUAUCUUUUUGAUGAGUUAAAGUUUUGUUAUUAGAUACAUGUAAUAGUUACAGUGACAUAAAAUCUACAUCUGUUUACAGUGAUCGUGAAAGUGCAAGGGGUGUAUUUGAUCUCAUGAGGUAAGCUCAAGUGGCAUUAGCUGCAUAGACAGUACAGUAUAGAUUGGUGUUCUGGAUUAUCUGGGUAAUAAUCUCAUUAUAAGCAGCAGUUAAUCAGUUUGAAGUUUCGAGGUUUGUAAUUUCAAAAUUUUUCUUGUUAUUUGGAUUCUCAAUUUGCUAGACCAUUUACCCCUGAUGAGUCCAGAUACCCAUACAGCUGUGAUUAAUUGGUUCCUCAAUACCUUAUUCUUUUGCCCCUUCCCUGUUCCCACAUUUCAUGGCCACAAGACUAAAGGAUGUGUGCCAUAAACUUAGCACAGGAACCCAGUGUCUGCUUUUCUCCCUGUGAUACCCAUAUAGCAGACUUGCAUUGUACUCGAUCGCUUACACUAGCCUAUAAACCCAGCUAGCCCUGUGUGUUUUUGACAGCACUCAGUCCUGAACAACACUUGGCUACUCCCCUCUCUUUCUCCCAUAUAAUUUGCAUCCUACACGCUGUAUUGAAUUGCACACAUGACAUUAAGUGAGAAAGGAAAUGAAGCAAUGUGUCUGAUCUCUACAGGGAAAAUGGAUUGGAACCAGACUUGGACAGCUACACUGCUCUGUUGGCUAUGUAUGGUGAAGCAGGAGACAUGGACUCCAUUAUGAAGGUGAGCUCACUCAGUUCGCAUACAUGUACACAAUCAACUGGGAGCCAUGCCAUGCCAACCAUGCAGCCCAACCUUUAUUAUAAUUAUCAACACCACAAUUCACUAGACUUAAGUGUUACAGCACAAAAAGAAAGCUGCUGUAAUAAAACAGCUAACAUGAAACUGAACCUAGUACAUACAUGUAAGAUAAAAGAAUAACCAGAACUAAGGCACUACUUGAAAUCCUACAACAAUCUAGAAAACACCUGAAAGGUGGGUAGGCGGGGCAGGUCAGACAACGGUGGUGGAAGGCUACCAAAACAACUGAACUUUGAAAUGCCGUAUAUAUGACCUGAAGACCCCCCACACACUUGAACCCAUACUCCCAGCCACGUGUGAGAAAAUGUAUUCCACUUCUUUUGUUCCUCAGCCAUCCAAAAACCCCACUUACUACAUGGUUUGCUAUCUUGAUAUUAUUUUGUGUACUCGACCACCCGGUUGUAGACCUUUGUGCAUCAGUUUUUGCACAGUUAUAUGAAUUUUUUCCCUGCAACACCUGUCUUCCUGUUUGGUUUAGCUUUCAUAUAUACAUGUAUUGGGCUGUGUAAUAGUCCAACAUCGGUAUCGUAAGGUGGCUCAAUGAGUUUUUUUAGGUUCAAUACCUCUGGUGUUUGAGCAUUAGCUACAUCUCAAUUAACAAAGAUUUAGAAAACUAACUACCACAGCUGUAUUAUAGUUAAUGGUCAAAAUGAAUUUGUUUUAUAAGCCGGUUACAAUGACAUCGGAGUUGUCAUAGCAAUGAAAUGAGGCCAUUACCUAUCAAGCCACCUUUAAUAACAUUAUUCAUGGUUGCAUUUAAUGACUACAUUUAUAGUAAUUUCAUCAUUUAAGAGCAAAAUGUUUUUCGAUUUUUCUUGUUCAUAUAAUUUCCUUGUGCUGCAGACAGUGAAUGAGAUGCAAGAGAAGCGAGUUUACCCAAACAGGAAAGUGUUUUUAUCAGUACUGGAUUCCCUUUCAAAACGUGGACACCUUGGACCCAUAAGAGAUGUAUGAGUAACUUUAUAAUAUUACUCUUUUUUGUGGUGUUAUGGAAGUACACAGCUUUUGAAUUUGACUUGAUUUUCUUCCAGCUUCUUCAAACCCCCAUUGUCAGGACUCUAGUGGAAGGAGGUAUUUAUUAUCAUUAAGUUCAGUUUAUUUCAAAGUGUACACUAUAAUUAAUUAAUUAUUAUUUAUUAUUUUAAUCAUACAAAAUGUAUGUUAUUGUUUCAACUAAUAUACAUGUACAUGUAAUAAUAAAAAUAAUGUUAAUAAUAAUAAUAAUAAUAGUAAUAAUAAUAAUAAUAUGUAUUUUUUUAUUUUUUGUACUGGCCUUGUAUUUUAGUCUGAUGUUACAUGUAUGUACUAUAAUAAUGACAGUGAAAUGAUAUUUAUUGCAAUAAAAAAUUUCAUUUGAAAAUGAAUUAAUUUUCUAGAGCAUGAUAUUAUUAUUUUGUAUAGAAAUUAGAAUAACCAGACUUUAAAUGAAGUGAAGCCAUGUUACACAUGAGG